AUGCGCUCCGUCCAAGGUGUUCGGACACUGCCCUGGACUCGAGUUGUUCCUCGCGUCCAUCGGCAAACGCGAUGCGUUCAGAUUCGCGCCGCGCCUUCGGGAGUGCCUUCGGUCAAUGGCGACAAUCUGCCACUCGCUAGCACGCCCAGCUCUGUUGAAUCACGAGAUGCGCGAUUCGAUGUCGUCGGCGCUCCAUACUCGCUCCUUUCGGUUUCGCUCUCGGCCUCGCAGAACCUAUAUACCCGACGCGGAACGUUGGUUGGAUUGAGCGGCAAGGCGGAUAAUUCUGCGCAGGUGGUUUCCACUUUGAGCGUUCUAGAACCCUUCCGGAGGGCUAUCGUCGGAGUGCCCUUUCUCUAUCAGAAGGUCUCCUCACCAACACCCGUCACAGCACUCGUUUCCGUUCGAUCCCCCAAUACGUCCUUCGCCGUCGUGAACGUCAAUGGUUCCGUGGACUGGAUGGUUGCCCAGAGACGGGCUUUGCUUGCAUGGACCGGCCGGUCUCUGUCCAUUAAGCCGACUAUCAACGCAAACCUGAGCUUGUCUCAUUGGGGUAGCUCCGAAGUGACCGGCAGAGGUUUAAUAGCGUUGGUUGGAAAUGGACAGCUAUACUCGGUCGAACUGAAGGAUGGCGAGCAGUACAUUGCGCAUCCCAGCAAUGUGGUUGCUUACACGAUGGCCUCCAACCCUCCUCGCCCUUACCGUUUCAAAUCCACCACUCUCAACUUCCAGGUCCCGGGCCUAAAGACACUACCAAGACUUCUGCAAAAUGCCAAGUUCGUUCGUGACGUGUCUGAUUCCAAGGCAUACAAAACCACUAUGCAAUGGUUCCACAAGCUGCGUACCUGGUCUCGAAUGACCAUCUGGGGAGAUAGACUCUUCCUACAGUUUGAUGGUCCCAUGACCAUUCUCGUGCAAUCCCGCGGUCCUCGUCUCAACGAUGUUUUGUCCGCACAGGAAGCCAAUGAGAUUGCCAAUGUCCCUAGUGGCUUUACCUCGCCCGCUCCUCGGUUCACCGAAGGCGAAAAGACACAUGAGGAAAAUACAGAAGCCGUAAAGGCCGUCAGCGAUAUCCCUGGCCUGACGCGCUCUGUUGAGGAACUAGAGCAGGAAAUCCAAGGAACAAGCCAAAGCGUUGCAAAGAUCCGCAAAGAUGGAAAGGUCGAGAUUGAGGAAGUUGGUCGCACAAACUAA